GCUACACAGUCGAACUUUACGCCAUAAAGAAAGCAAUCGAGAUAGCGAAUCUUCAACCAGGUAACAAAGUACUAAUUUGUUCUGACUCAAAAGCAGCCAUCCAUGCAGUCAAAACAGCCUGUAAACUUGAUUAUAUUGAUAACAUUACAUCCCAAAUCGUGGAGGAGGUCCUUUCUUCAGAAAAGAAAAUAACACUUCAGUGGGUUCCUGGUCAUGUGGGUAUUACACCAAAUGAAAUAGUAGAUAAGCUGGCGAAAGAGGCAAUUCAGACAGGAAAAGUAAUCAAAGAUCUGGUCCUUCCGAUGGGUGACUUUGUCAGCCAUUUAAAAUGUGAAAUGACAUCCUUAUACAAAGCUGAAGUAGAACAAAGCAAUAAAGCAAGAUGGUAUAGGGAUGUGCAGCGGGACCUUCCUAUGGUCCCAUGGUUUAAGAAUGCUAAGAUAGGAAGAAGUAAACUAGUCACAAUAAUUAGGCUAAGACUGGGUCAUGCACAGGUAAAUGAAACUUUAUUCAGAAUAAACUGCUACUUUACUGAAAAAUGUCUCAAGUGUACAUUGAAUGUGAAAGAAAGUCUUCAGCACCUAAUCUUUGAAUGCCCAACAUAUGAUAGCUUCAGAGAACCAUUAAUACAACAUUUAAAGGAAAAGAAAGUAAGGCCACCAUUCUAUCUCAAAGAGCUGUUGGGUCUGAAUCCUUUUCGGAGUAGAAAGUCGCCUGGAGGACCUCAGGCGUGAAGAAAGUCUGAUCAGUGGGCCCCAACCAUUUCCAUUGAUCCUGUAACCUAAAAGCCUUUCCUAUAGCUUGUCCCCCUCUGUGUGUAAAUAACUGAACACUACAGGAACAAUUGAUUGAUAACAAAGUCAGGUUAUAGGCAAAUACUAACAUUUAUGUGGAAUUGUAAUUAACUUCCCCUUCCCAUGAAAAGAAACAGUGUGAAAGUGAAAUAAAAAAAAAAAAAAAAAUAACACCC